UUGGAAAUAUAAAAAAUUCAAUAAAUUCUAAAUUGAAUACACCCUGCUUCGGCCAAUUAGCCCAAACACCUAUUUAUCAAUUGUAGGUAUUUUUCUGUGCAGUACUUCUUUUCCUCGUUUGCCACAUCCCCGCUCUUCGCCUGAGCUGAAAUCUUGAUCAAUUGUAGGGAAGCUUAAGAAUGGCGGAUUUAAGCUUGGGCAUCCUCAUAGACAUUGUGGACGAGGAAUGGAUGAGAGAUACUCUACCUGAUGACGAUCUUCCUUUACCACCUCUACUUGAUUCUAGGACCGAUGAUGCUGAAGAUUCAAACCAGGAAAGCCAACCAGUUGAGGCUGAUGCUUGGCAUGAUCUUGCACUGGGAAACCAAUGAGGCAUCUCCAAUAUGAGAAUCACCAUCUUCAUCAUUUCGUAUCAGCUAUUUUUGCUGCUUAUAUAUAUCCGGAGCAUGUAUUGUAGUACUCGGAUGUAAGAGGUUUUUUUAUAUGGUUAUUCGAUUUCAUGCGCC